AUGACACAAAAAGACACAACCCAAGAACACGUCCAGGGAUUUCGUUCAGUCCAAAAGAGCGAACCACAUUCUACCACUUCAGUUCCCUUCGACUCUCCCAAUAUCACCCAUAUCGACUGCUACACCGACCCGGACACCAACAAGGACUUUAUCCUCUGGGAAGAUAUCCAGCAGGCCUUUGACGAGGCCAUCUUUGUCAGGAACAAGACCAGGAUGCUACCCUUUGUGAGAGGAAAGGACCACAGAAUUCUUGAGCCCCGCAGGAUUGCAGCCGUAUCGGACGUCGUCUUGGAUGUUGUUGUGGCUGAUAAACCGAUUGCUACUACCGAUACUGAAACUGCAGAUACGAUCGCCUCUCUCCAGCGCGCCGUUCAGGAACUUUCUCUCAACAUCCCACGUCAGACCCCCAUCGAAAUCGCCGCACAUAGCCCACCCUGUGGCGGCGAGCCAGAAGCCCCACAGGACAAUAACCAUAUCGAUAGCCCAGAAAACACUACCCCACUUCGAGGACCCCAAGCCUUAGAGUAUCAUUCACAAGACAACAACUACGGCAACGCCAUCGAUACCCAGCAUUCAGAGGCGACCAGCAACGCCACAAAGCGACUAGAUGACCCUCAGGACGAAACCGCUGCUAAGGAUAUGGACCUCAUGCAGACAAUGAUCCAUGCCUACCAAGGCGAUGUCCAUGCCCAAGUCGCUCUCGGGGAUCGAUACAAGGAUGGCCGAGAGGUGCACCAGGAUCGCCACACCGCCUUGGACUGGUACCUUAAGGCCGCUGAACGACAUCACCCUCGGGCUCAGUACAAUAUUGGUCUUCUGUACGAGAAAGUACACGACGAGGAAGGAGACUACAGUGAAGAAGACUACAGGGAAGAAGACUACAGGGAAGAAGAUGACGGGGAAGAAGAUGACGGGGAAGAAGAUGACAAGGAAAGAGACAACGUGGCCCUACAGGACGGUACCAAUGCCUUCAAGUGGUUCCUCAAGUCUGCUCUCCAAGGCUAUGCCGAUGCCCAAGCAAAAGUAUCACAGGCGUACACCAACGGUGCCGGCAUCUCAAAAGACAACAUCAAGGCGAUGGAGUGGUCGGUCAAGGCAGCCGAGAAUGGACACGCAGGGACGCAGUACAACAUGGGGGCUGCAUACGAAAAGGGCCAGGGUGUUCCUCAAUCUGACUCCAGAUCCUUUGAGUGGUACCUCAAGUCUGCCGACCAAGGGUUCACCAAGGCCCAGGAGCGAGUUGGUGCUGCGCUCGAGGCUGGUCGGGGCGUCUCGCGGGACGGUCUCAUGGCCGUCAAGUGGUACACCAAAGCCGCCGAUCAAGGUCUUUCAGUGGCUCAAUUCGCACUAGGUCGCGUUCACAAACUAGGCCUCUGUGGUCUCCCUAAAGACCGGUCCAAGGCUGUGGACUGGUUCAUCAAGGCUGCGGUCCAGGGACACACCCAGGCUCAGUCCAUGCUAAGUGAGAUUUAUAACUACGGCACGUCCUAUCGUGGUCCUGAUUGUACCAUUGACUUGGAAACCCAAUUCAAGAUCAAGGAGUGGUUUAUGGAUGCUGCUGACCAAGGUGUGGCGCAUGCUCAGGUCUGUAUGGCAGACAUGUACACGAAAGGGCUCGGUGUCCCCAAAGACGAAUAUGUGGCCUUCGAAUGGUUACUCAAGGCAGCUGAGCAAGGAGACGAGGCUUCUCAGAGACGUGUAGCCUACAGGUACGAGACAGGUCUAGGCGUGACUGAGAGCCGCGAAAAGUCUCUUGAAUGGUACCUUAGACUCGCUAAAGAAGGCAAUGACUGGGCUCUACACAUUCUUAAAUACAUGCUUAGAAAUUAA